GCCGCCGUUCUUGAUGGUUUCCUUGCUGUUGAUCUUGGGGCCUCCGUGGAUGAAUGGUCCCAUCUGGCACGAGACCGUGGACCGCUUCGCCGAAGGCUGCAAGCGCUACUGGUGGACAAACCUUAUCUACAUCAGUUCGUGGAUGAAGAACGACGAAGUCUGCCUACCACAUGGCUGGUACUUGUCCUGCGACAUGCAGUACUUCAUCAUAGCUCCCAUAUUCUUCGUGGCACUCUACAGGAAACCAGCGCUUGGAUUUGGCCUUAUUGGCGCGGCUGCGUUCGUGAGUAUGGCCCUCACGGGCCUGGUGACGUACAUCUUCGACUUCGGACCGGUCGCGCUUUUCUCCAUCCCCGACGACGAUAACCUCAACUCGUUCCUGAACAACAUUGCCUUUCGGCCGUACACGCACUUCCCGUCGUUCGCGGUGGGACUCCUUCUGGGCUACAUCAUUUACAAGUACCGGGAGAUCAAGAUCAGCAGGAAGAUGCAGCUUGCCGGCUGGCUGUCGGCCGUCACCACGGGGCUGACGAUCCUGUACGGCGUGUACGACUGGAACGCGUACUCCCCUCCGGGCCCCUUCCUGAGCAUCCUGUACGGCUCGACCAGCCGACCCGCGUGGUCGCUGUGCGUCGCCUGGGUCACCUUCGCCUGCGUUUCUGGCCACGGAGGAUUCGUGAACACGCUGCUGUCGUGGAAGGCGUUCGUUCCACUGAGCAAGCUGACGUUCAUGGCGUAUCUGCUCCACCCGCCGCUCAUGUUCAUGUACGCGGCGCACACUAUCAACGCCGUCUACGUGACGCAGUUCAUGAUGGUGUACCUGUACUUCGCGCAUCUCCUGGCGUGCUACAUGGCUUCCUUUGUGGCAUGCGUGACGUGCGAGUCGCCCUUCAUCAACGUCGAGAGGAUUCUUUUCGGCGCACUCAACGAGUUUCGACAAAAUCGUGCAGCGCGGAGGGUCGCGAGUCCUCCGACAGACGGCUGCUACGACCAUCGAACCAAGUCAUCCGAUGUUCUAGAAGACGGCGGGAGGGAGGACACCGGGAAUUUCAGCGAGAGAUCCAGAAGGUCGUGCAUGGUUGCCCUACCCGCCGUCGACACGUCUGACCACAAUACGAGCUCCAGCAGCAAGCUGUAGGACCAUAUAAUCAUCGUGACUGCCUUAGAAAAAGUGACGCCACAAACCUCCUUACAUACUUCAGCAUGACCUCCGGAUGCAGCAUGGCUUCCGGACUGAGGUGGAAAAGACUAAAAACAGUAAGAGAGUAGCACACAAGAAAAAGGACGACAGACAACAUCUCAACCUCAGCUAGGAGGUUUAAUCUGUCAACGCCUUAGACCCUCUUUCUAAUGUUCUUCAUUGUCACGGACGGAAAUGCACCUUCUUACUUUCACCCUUUCCACACCAGCCUCAGGGUUUACUAUCGUGCUGACUGUUUGGUGUCUGCUCGCCUUCGUAUGUUUCAGGACAAGUACAGUUCCGGUAGCCUCUUGUCGACGUCAUCUGAGAGCACGCUUGACUGCUCCCAUUGUACACGACUUCGUUCGGUUUACGGGUGCAGCUCCCAUGCUAUACAGUUGAUGCAGGAAGUACACCGCCCUACGCCAAGGGUACGCGCUUUCUUUACUUGCGUAUAUAUUAGCGUAGAACGGAGCAAGCGAACGAGACGACUAUUUUAAUGUCACCGCACCUGUUGGGCAAACAUAUGAUGCAGCAGGAGUUUAAGGAUUCCAUACCAAACCUUGAAGGUUCUAUUCGUGAUGCUGACUGUAAGAACCCAGACCAGCUUAUGGUUUUUUUUAGGUCACGUGACUGGCUCCAAGGUGAGAAAGGUACCUUUUGUUUCCUGUCCCCGUGGAGCCGGUCACGUGACCUCAAAAUUAAUUUUGCGGGUACUUUUACCACCGGGAGAGAUACCCGCAUUCACCAACAAACCAGCCAAGGUAUCCAACUCUUUCACUUGAAUCUGUAGUAUUGAGAAGAACCUUUCUGUUGAGUGAUCGGUCAAUUUCCCGAUAGGGACUUUACUAUUCGUAGAUUGUACGCAUGGAUUACGGGCCCUGCGGGUGAAUCCUGAAUCCGUGCUCAAAUCGACGGCACCUGCUUUAGCUAGCAACGCAAGGCUCUUGCG